AUGACUCCUCCCCUUGGCAAAGAAAAAGAUGAUUCAUCUAUUCAUUCAAGAUCCUCGUUCUCUUCCUCUUCUGACGAUGUUGACUCUACAGUCAACUUCACUCCACAACCCUUUGAUCAAGAAAUAUCAAAACACAAAUCCAUUCCAGAAAACCCCUUGGCUCGUGAAAAAUCAAACAUUUCCAUAAACACUGCAAAUAGUGACCUCAGAGUAAGUGAUUCUCUUGCAACAAGAUUGAAACACAGUUUAUCCAGAACUUCUUCGGCUCAUCCUUCUAUUGCUGCGUAUAAUGGUGAAGAAACUAUUGGUGCUUCUGGCGAAAUAUUGGAAGAUUAUCUUGAAAUUGAUCGUCAAAAGACAAGACAAACCAUCAUUUCUGUACUUUCAAAAAGAGCAGAUCAAGAAGUGGAAAGAUUCGAACAAAGCGAAUUGAUAUCUUCCACAUCAAAACUGACAAAUAAUAAAUACUCCGUCAACGAUCUCGAGCUGGGUAGUCAACCAGAUGACGAUGUUGAUAAAAAAUCCAACGGUAUCGGAAAAAUUAACAAUGCUGAAAAUCUGGAAAACCAACAAUUACCAACCGCCGUUGAUGGUUCUGAAUUUGCUUCCUUGGAUCCUGAAUUAGUCACUUGGAAUACCGAAUCAGAUCCUGAAUUCCCUCGUAAUUGGGAUCGAAGAAAAAAACUUGCCACAUUGGCGAUAGUUGGUCUUUAUACUUUCUCUGGUCAGUACGCUGCCAGUGGGAUCACUUUGGGGAUGGGAUUUAUCGAUGCAGAAUUUGGUAUCAAAAAUUCUUAUUUCUCUAGUAUCAUCGUUUCUAUUUUCUUGUUAUCGCAAGGUGUGUUUGCGAUGAUAACCUCUCCGCUAUCAGAAAUCUACGGCCGUAGAGUGGUUUUAACCACCUCGAUUUUUUGUCUCGCCGUCUUCAAUAUCGGCUGCGCAGUUACUAAUGACCCAUACUCGUUAUUUGUUUGCAGAUUCUUUCUUGGUAUAUGUGCUUCGGGCCCUAUGGCAAUUGGGUCAUCGGUCAUUAGUGAUAUCUACGAUCUGAAUGACCGUGGGAAGUAUAUUAUCUUGUUCAGUUCUUGUGUGAACAUGGCCCCAAUCAUGGGUGGGCUCAGUAGUGGUUUGAUUGUGGAAUAUAUCAAUUGGCGUUGGAUUUUUUGGGUGCUUACCAUCGUUGACGUUGUUGCCGUCGUCAUUGGAUUACUUUUUUUCCCAGAAACAUAUUCUCCAGUGUUGUUGAAUUGGAAAUGUAAAAAACUCAGAAAGCAAACAGGAAACCCUAAUUUGAAAACUAUUUACCACAUUGCCGAUGCCAAUGAAACUGCAAUGCUGAAAAUCAUUGUCAAUGUUAAGCGUCCACUUAUGUUGCUUAUUCAUCAUCCAAUGAUUUAUGGUCUUGGGAUUUUCAUGGCUUUCCUUUUUGGAUACUUUUAUCUUAUUCUUAUCUCUUUUCCUAGUGCCUGGAGAGGUCAUUAUGGAUAUUCUUACCAGACUACCGCCCUCAUGUACUUAUCGGUUGGUGCCGGUUACUUGGUGUUCAAUCCAAUCUGGGUGGUGGUUAAUGACCGUGAAUACCGCCAGUUAACCCUCGCAAAUAACGGCAAGGCCAAACCAGAAUUUCGAAUCAAAUCUUUAUAUUUAUGCGGAAUUUUCUGUCCUAUUGGUUUACUUAUCUACGGUUGGUGUAUUCAGUACCGUACCUUUUGGCUCUGUCCGUGCAUUGGGGUGUUCUUAUAUACCGGUUUCUAUACAGGCAUGUUCUCUUUCUUGAUAAACUAUGUUGUUGAUAUGAACCCAAGAUACUCUGCUUCUAGUAAUGCUGCGUUGUCAUUAUUCAGAUCAAUUUUCGGUUUUGUUUUCCCAAUUUUUGCCCCAAAGAUGUAUAAUGAUAUUGGAUACGGCUGGGGUAAUACAAUCUUCUUUUUCACCGGGGUCAUCCUUGGUAUUCCAUUUCCAUUCUAUGUUUACAAAUAUGGGGAGAAGUUGAGAAUCAAGGCUAAUUUGAAGUUUGAUAAGAAACAGGCAAUAAGAGAUGCUAAGCUCUUAGAGAAGGCCAAGAAGCGGAUGGAGAAAGCAUAA